UCAGCACUCCGCCUCCUGCCCUCUUCCUAUUCAUCCUCCCACCACCCCACUGUUGAUCCUUAUACCACUCGGAAGGUAAGAAAAUUCUGGGAACCCUAAGGACCAACCCUCUCCACCUGCACUCACCGGCUGGGGCCCGGCUCUACAGUGGCUGACACGAGGGGGAACACCAAGCCCCUUUACUGGCUGCCAGGCUGGAGUGCAGAGAAGCCAGCCGGCCCCUGCAGCGGGGAAGGUUCCCAUUUAUGGAGCACAGAUCACAGGAGCAGACUGUCCCUGGUGGAACACAGCCGUGACUCCCUGCCCUCCACCCUCCACCCCACCAGGCACUUAAUAGUCUGUCUUAUGCAGGACAGAUGGACUCUCAGCCGGGAUGCUGCAGAGCAGGCAAAGAUGAGUGGAGGGAGCCAUCACAAACACUCAGGGUGUGACGGUGCUGACACCAGCGUCACCAGAUCUAAGAGGUCUUCAUGGAAGAGGGCCCAAAGUGGAUUCUAAAGAAUGCUGUCAGCAGUUGGGGUAGAGCUGUGAAUUCUAGGCAGAGUGAGAGUCCACAGGACAAGCAAACUGGAGACAUGAGGGCUAGGGCUGUAGGCUGGACCUUGGACCUCCUGAGAAGAGGUGGUGGGAGCACGGGCAGUGGCCAGAGCCGAAGAGCUAGGCAGGGUGAUGGAGGAUGGAAAGAUCUGGGAGAAAUGUUAGAACCCUGCCUUUGUGAGCAAGGUGACAGAAGCUGCCCCGGAGUUUGAAAGGAAAACAGAGGCAAAGGCUACAGAAGGAGCCUGUGGGGGUGGGAGUGAUGCCUGGGGAGCAAAGCUGAGGCGUCCCUAACAGAGCCAGGCCCCAGGGAAGCCGAUGUCCCCUCAGGCUGCUUCCUCCCUGGCCCAGCCUAUCCCCACUGCUCUGGUGGAGGUUGAUCACACUCUCCACAUCCUCAAGCCUAGCACUGUUGCUGGUUUUCCUCUCCCCCAGUGAGCAGGAGCCUGGGGAAGGAGGAAAGAAGGGGUGUGGGCGAUGUGCAGUCCUGGGACCCUGGCAUCUUGGCUCAGGGAAGACCUGGGCUCCUUUCACCACAGACCCUUCCCAGAGAUCGGGAAAGGUGCUUCAGAGAACCUUGUAUACCAUCCUCCCUUUGGGCCCUCCCUCCUAAGUGCAAACAGUCCCUGGGUGCGCUCGGCGUCAGGCCCAGUGAAAACAGUGAAGCAGCGAGUGUUGUCUCCCCCCUGCCCCUGCCCACCUUGCUAGUUUCUUCCCCUAUAUUCACCUCAAAGACCCUAAGCCUGAUAUCUUCAGCCCUUGUCCUGUUCCAGACUUACUCCCUCCUGUGGGGUAUUUUCAGCUUGAAAGUGGACAAAGGUUUAAGGUAAAAGAAUGUUCCUCAUGGUGGAAUGCUUCAGAAAGCUGGAGGGAGGCCUGUGCUUAUAGAUUAGUGGGCCUGAAAGAAGUUUCUGCAGGUGCUGGAUGUGUGCUCUAUGAGGUGCAAGCAGUAAUAGUAAUUUGUCAGCUACAGUGAAGCCCCAGGUCGGCAGGGAGAGGAACAUCAGAGAGGUACAGGCAGUAUGGGGGACUAAGCGGGUUCUGCCCAAGUGAGGGCGCUAGGGAGCAGUCACUCAAGUUUAUUUUCACCAGGGCUCAAGGAAAAACAAAUGAGACAAUUUACAAUUCUGUCAAGAUAGAUACCACUAUCGAGGUGCCCAGUCUCGGAUGUGGGACCCACAUCAAGGCCCUUAGUGGGGAUGAGGUGUUCUCAGCAUGAGAUGGGGACCAGGCUGUUAAUCAGAGUCUGAGAUAAUGGAAGAUACCAGAAUUCAGUCCUCGGGGCAAAAUUCUGGGCCUGAACCAAGCUCCAAGCCCUGCUGGGAGGGGAGAGGCUGUGGGAGCCUCAAGGUGGCAUCUGCUGAGUGCCAGACUAUCACCUGUAGUUAACCCACACCAAAGCCACGCCAGGGCAGGCAUUGUAAGUCCCAUUUCACAAGUUCAGGAGGAGCUUCAGAGAAAUUAUGAGACUGGCUCAGUCUCCACUGAGUGGCAGAUUUAGACCUGGCUUGGUUUGCUUCCAAAUCUUUCCCUUGUCCCAUUAUUCCACAGGACCUCCCAUUCCUGAGGGAGCCUGGACAUGUUCCAGACAUGUCCAGCAGAAGACUGUUUCCAGCUUCCGUUUCCUAACGGGAUGAGGGGGAGGUUGUUCAUGGUGAAACUCAGCCUGCUCGUGUGGCUGGAUUGGGAGCAGGCAGAAGUCACAAGUCACAAGAGAGAAUUGUUGCUGGGGUCUGCAGCCCCUCACUCUUAUCUGGGAUCGUAGAAGAAUCCAGCCACCUAAGCUGUCGAGUCACUUGCUGCUCUAAAUGUGCUUCUAAUCUACAGUACAGGAAUGCACAUGAACACAGUAAAAUGGUGAAAAGUAAGGAUCAGCUUUUAGUCUUUCUGCCUCACCCCUCUUUUUAGCCACUGAGCACCCGCUCUGGGCUAGACACUGGACUAGGUGGCUAGAAAUACAGACACAAAUAAUGCAGAGUCCUGGCUCCUGGAGAGACUUCAGCUCCCCUAGGUCCCUGCCUCCUGCCACCCUCAGCGCCCUUACCCAUUGACACCCACUCAACCCGUCAGUUCUGGCCCUCUGACUUUGUUCUGUCAUGCCUUAACCAGGCUCCGUGUAUGUGUGCUCCCAGAGGGAAGCGACACAAAGGAAAGGGGGGCAGAAAGGAGGGAAUCCCGCUGACAUCACUGCUCAUUAGCAUGUGUGACCUCAUCAGGGGGUGGGACAAUUUCCCCAGGUGUCUGGGGGGGAGGGCAUUCGUGUGUGGGGGGGCGGUAUUUAAAGGAAAAAGCUGACAGUGCUGCUGAGUGAGGGAGCGGGUGCUGCGAGCCGCCGGGCUGCACAGGCACACGCACACCGAUGCACACGGACCCUGACACCGACAUGGACACGGACACAGAAACCACAGCACUCUGCCCCUCUGGCAGCCACCGGGCCUCCCCCCCAGGGACACCCACACCAGAAGCAGAUGCCACACUGCCGAAGAAAACAGAGAAACUGUUGGCAGGGUUCGAUCGGGGUGGGCCACCCUCUGCCCCGGGGGCCCCCAGACGAAGAGGCAGUAUGCCUGUCCCUUACAAGCACCAGCUUCUUCGGGCCCAGGCUGUAGAUGAACUUGACUGGCCGCCUCAGGCUUCAUCCUCUGGCUCCUCUGACUCCUUGGGCUCAGGGGAGGCAGCCGCUGCCCAAAACGAUGGCAUCUUCAAGGUCAUGCUGGUUGGGGAGAGCGGCGUGGGCAAGAGCACUCUAGCAGGCACUUUCGGCGGUCUCCAGGGAGACAGUGCUCAUGAGCCAGAGAACCCAGAGGACACCUAUGAGAGACGCAUCAUGGUGGAUAAGGAGGAAGUGACUCUAGUUGUUUAUGACAUCUGGGAACAGGGGGAUGCUGGAGGGUGGCUGCGGGACCACUGCCUUCAGACCGGAGACGCCUUUCUCAUCGUCUUCUCAGUCACUGACCGCCGAAGCUUCUCCAAAGUUCCAGAGACCCUACUUCGGCUCCGGGCUGGGAGGCCGCACCACGACCUACCUGUCAUCCUCGUUGGUAACAAGAGUGACCUGGCCCGUUCCCGGGAGGUAUCACUGGAGGAGGGCCGCCACCUGGCCGGGACGCUGAGCUGCAAGCACAUCGAGACGUCGGCAGCGCUGCACCACAACACGCGGGAGCUCUUCGAGGGCGCCGUGCGCCAGAUCCGGCUGCGGCGGGGCCGGAGCCGCGCAGGAGGCCACCGGCAGGAGCGGGGCAGCCCCGAGGGCCCCGUGCCGUCCGCGCGCCGCGAGAGCCUCACCAAGAAAGCCAAGCGCUUCCUCGCCAACCUGGUGCCGCGCAACGCCAAGUUCUUCAAGCAGCGCUCCAGGUCAUGUCACGACCUCUCAGUGCUCUGAGCCGCGGUCGCCAUGGCCACUGCGGUCGCCAUGGUCACCGCGCCCUUCGCUCGCCCCCUUGCCCCGCCCUGUCCCAUCCGGCUUCCUUGAUCGAGGCCGUCUAGGAAACCAAAAACUCCCAGGAUGCCCCGGUGUGGCCGCGGGGGCGGGCCCGGACUGGUGGGCAGUGUCCUCCCGACGCCUCCGGGCCCCGCGGCGCCCAGGCGGCGAGGGCGCAGACUUUGCAGGCGGAGCGGGUUCUGGCGGGUCAGGAAGAAAAAUAGUUCUGCAGGGUAUUUUGCUUUUUAUUAAUCCGCGCUUGGCUACCUGUCCUGCAAAGAGAUCCUAAAAGCGAGAAUUGGAAAAGUGUUUUGUAGACUUCUUGGUGGAGUUUACCUCCGUUGUACGCCGCGUGAAUAUGCCUCACCUUUAAGAGAUUCUUAAAGGUAAAGUCGUGGAGAGACUUUGCAGAAAACGUUCUGGCUUUUAUCUGCCACUCUUGUCCACUUUGCCUUUAAGGAGUUCUUAAAGGCAAGUACUGGAAGCGCUGUUCUUGAGAUUUGAUUCUGUGACUUACCAUUGCGGGACGGCACUUCCCCUUUAAGGUUAUUAAAGGUAAGGUGUGGACAGACUUUCUGCGCUCAGAUGCCGGCAAAUGCCGGCCUGAAGAGCUGAAAGGUGGCAACCGCCUUUGCCCAGGGCCCAGGAGACACCAGCAAGGGGCCACCUCUUCCCUUUUCAAUAAAGAAUUUUUCUACUG